ACACAUUUAAUCACCAAUUUAUACAGAAAUACAAGUAUAAUCCCAAAGGAUUUACAUAGGUACAGAUACAGGUACACUGCGCUCAUAAAGGAACGGACAUGGUCAGCAACAAAGUUAUUUGGUAUCCAGGGUGAAUUGUUUUGUAAGUGUCGUAAGUUAUUUAGUAUCCAGGGUGAAUUGUUCAGUAUUUUCUGUUAGUUAUUUAGUAUCCAGGGUGAAUUGUUCAGUAUUUUCUGUUAGUUAUUUAGUAUCCAGGGUGAAUUGUUCAGUAUUUUCUGUAAGUUAUUUAGUAUCCAGGGUGAAUUGUUCAGUAUUUUCUGUUAGUUAUUUAGUAUCCAGGGUGAAUUGUUCAGUAUUUUCUGUUAGUUAUUUAGUAUCUAGGGUGAAUUGUUCGUUACCCGUAUGUAUUAGCUCUCUCCUGUUUCCUCACAGAUGACUCUAACGAUGCCCGUGCUGAACCUGACAGCAGGCCCCGCCCUUUCUCUUUCCUCUGACCCCGCCCUCCCGCUCUGGAACUGCUCGCUGGCCCCGCCCCCCUCGGCCCCGCCCUAUAACUUCCUGGCAGUGCUGCUGGUGCUGCUGAUUGGCUGCGUGGUGUUUGGGAAUGUGCUGGUGUGUGUUGCGGUGUUGCGCGAGAGGACGCUCCAGACCACAACCAACUAUCUCAUCGUCUCUCUCGCCGUCUCCGACCUGCUGCUCGCAACUCUCGUCAUGCCCUGGGCCGUCUACCUGGAGGUGGUGGGGGAGUGGAGGUUCAGCAGGAUCCACUGUGAUGUUCUGCUCACUCUGGAUGUGAUGAUGUGCAGCGCCAGCAUCCUCAACCUCUGCGCCAUCAGCAUCGACCGGUACACCGCGGUUGCCAUGCCGAUGCUGUACAACACGCGGUACAGCUCCAGGAGGAGGGUGGUGCUGAUGAUCACCGUCGUCUGGUUCCUUUCCUUCGCCAUCUCCUGCCCCCUACUGUUCGGCCUCAAUAACACAGAUACUCAGGAGGGGCGGGACUGCAGCUUUGCUGACCCCGCCUUCGUGGUCUACUCCUCUGUGGCCUCCUUCUACGUGCCCUUCAUCGUGACCCUACUGGUUUAUGCGCAGAUUUGCGUGGUUCUGCGCAGGCGGGGCAAGCGGACCGCGCCCCCUCGUGGGCGGGGCCUGCGCUCUGAACCCGCGGACGCUCUGCAGCGGCACAAGAGUCAGUGCACUCAUCCUGAAGACGUGAAUCUGUGCACUCUGAUAGUGAAACCUCGUGCACCGGCGCCCCCCCGCAAGAAAGUGACGCUGGUGAAGGAGGCGAGGGUCCGCCCCCUGGAGGCGGAGCCUGGGUGUUUUCAGAAGCAGCAGCAACAACAGGCUGCCUGGGCUAAAAUCUCCCUCUCUAUCACUGUGGCUCCAAGCCCUGCCCCCCGAUGCCCUGCCCACCAUGCACCUCGGGACCCCGCCCACUCCCGGCCAGGAUGGAGAGAGAGAGACGGGGAGCGAAAGAGGGCGCGAGAGGGGAGGGAGAGGGCGAGAGGGAGACUCUCCCAGCAGAAAGAGAAGAAAGCUACUCAGAUGCUCGCUAUUGUUCUGGGUGUGUUCAUCGUCUGCUGGCUGCCGUUCUUCCUGACCCACGUUCUGAAGGCUCACUGCAGCAGCUGCUGUAUUUCCCCGUCGCUCUACAGCGCCGUCACCUGGCUGGGGUACCUGAACAGCGCCGUCAACCCCGUCAUCUACACCACCUUCAACAUCGAGUUCCGCAAGGCCUUCAUCAGGAUCCUGCACUGCUGAACCACGACCAAUCAGAGCCCGGAGACCGGCCAAUCAGAGGAGCUUUUGAGGAACGCUGAGGAUAAACCCGGAGGAGAGGAUGAAGGCUGAAGACAUGAUGAUGAUGGUGAAGAGGAGAAAAGCAGAAGAACAGAGAGGAGCUGAUCAGUGAUGAGACUAGAGACCCAGAUACGGAUCUACCGUAUAAAUAUUGCUGUGAGAGUUAAGUCAGGAAAACUCAAAGAUCUAGAUCGGAAAGAGUAGAUUAGAGAUCAGAGAGCGUAGAUUAGAGAUCAGAGAGCGUAGAUUAGAGAUCAGAGAGCGUAGAUUAGA